AAAACAAUUACCCAACUGUCUAUGCAUUCCGGAAAUAUUUUGACCUUAAGGAAGAACUAACGCUGCAUCAUUGUCUCUAAAGAGACGGUGACAUUUAUUAACUAAUUGAGAUUAAUUGACAUUUGCAUAAAUGAUUCGGAAACAAGAGAUGAUGCUAAAUGGGACUUAUGAGUAUAUAUUAAAUCGAUCUAUACUUGGUAACUGUUUUAUUAUGUUAAUUCCUCAUUUGUAUUGUCUCAUGCGGUUAUCUUUUGAAAUAUUAUCAUACAUUUCCGUACAAGAAACAAGCAGAUAUAUUGCUGUGUCAUUAUAAAAGGAUUGAUAGAAAUAGAACAGUAAGAACAACAGUGUGUUUUAAUCAUAUGUUUGAUAAAUUGAUUUUAUAAAUUGGAUAUAAAAACAAGAAACGUGGAUAUCUAUAAUUUAUGCUCUUAAAAUGUUCUCUUAAGAGCCUGACAAGAGUUAAAGGUUUGGAAUUAAGCUAUCAAGACAAGCAAUAAUACUACAUAUAAGAACUAUUAUUAUAAAGGUCACUCCGUCCUUAAAUUUAAUGACACAAUUAAUAUUAUAGUGAUAAAAGAAUACGUCACUUAAAUCAAACUGUUUCAAUAACCUGUUUAUACAACGAACCAAAAACAGGGUCUGUUUGAUUGAUAAAAAUCAAAAGAUAAACAUUCAGAUUAAAGGAUAAGCAAUACAGGACUAUACACGCAACAACAUAAACUAGGAUGAACUGUUGUAGACCAAACACGGAAAAGACUGUCAGUACUGAAGGAACCUACACACCUAAAGAAGAAGGACAAGAUGAGACCGAAAAGGCUGAAAGAAAUUUUGAAUCAGACAUCCGGGAGUUAUUUCAGUUGUUUGACACGGACAACAGUAAAACAUUAUCAGCUCUAGAACUUGGCAAGGCGAUGAUGUUUCUAGGUAUGAGUCCUACUGAUGAAGAGGUAGAAAUAGCAAUGAAAGUGCUCGAUGUUAAUGGUACUGGAAAGAUAAAAUUUCAAGAAUUCUUCACGUUCAUAAAGCGAGAGAUGUCGAAAGUCAAUGACGGGUACUACACAACAAAAGAGGACGUUAUACGUUUGGCAUUUCAGACAUUUGACAAAGAGGGAAAUGGCUUUGUUGAUGAAAAUGAAUUAAGAACAGCAUUGAAAACAAUGGGAGAAUGUCUUACUGACAGGGAGUUUGAUGACAUGAUGAAACUUGCUCACGUUGAUGAUGAUGGUAAAGUUGAUUAUGAAGAAUUUAUUCAGGCAUGGUGUCGAAGGAGGUAAUUUCUCCCUCAUCAGUUUGUACGGCUUCUCCAUGUCAUAUAAUUGUGAUGAAUUCACAUUUUAAUGUGCUAUUAGGGAAACGUUUUGAGGUCAACAGGCAUAAUCAAACUUGUGUGAGACAUCGUUCUAUUGAUACCGUAUACAACCGUGGAAGAAAUGUUUGAAAGAACUUAUUAUAAUAUCAGUAUAGUAGUAUUUUAUGCUGCCCUUGGAGUGAAAAGAUUUUUUGACCGUGUUCUUGUUUCGUUCAACUUAAAACAUAUUGAAAUUAAUGACAUUUUGUCUAAUGUUUUUUGUUUUAUUUGUUAUUUUUUGCUGUUGUUCUUUUUAUUUAUUACUAAAUUCAAUGUAAAUAUACAAGAUGCUGUUAUAUGUUCACUUAAAACGUUUAACCUUUAUCAUUCUAAAUAUUUCAAAUAGAAUUUGUUCCAUCUUUUAAUUUGGACAAAACUAUAUAUAUGCAUUGUUAGAAAAAAAUCAGAAUAUGUCUAAAUUACACACGUGACGGCACCUUUAUGCCGAGCGGUGUUAUCCUGCAAUUAUUACACAGGUAGAUAAUCAUAGGUAAAAUCAUCUACGGACAGCAAGGCAUAUUCAGGAUUAAAAUUGGGAAGAGUUUUUUUUAUAGAUUUAUUUUUCACUCUUUUUUCACAAUCUUCUAUAGCAUAGCUGAUAAUGCAUAAUAUCCAUUAAAAUACAAAUACUGAUAGAAUCUCAUAUGAAAUGUGUAACAUUGCUUUGCAUAAACAAUUCAACAAGUAAUACUUUUUUGCAUUCAUUUUACUUGUUCUAUAAUUAACUUACGGUACGAAUAGUUCUUAAAGUUUUUCUUGUAAUGAUUUUUGCACAUAUGAAUAGAACUGACAGAAUUUCUAAUAAAA